AGUGUCUCAAGGCGAAUUACUAAGAAGGCAACCCCGAAUGGCUAUUACAAGAAGUUUUUAUUCUUUUUACGGGCACAGGUUACAUCAGUAAGGUUACAGUUCAAACUUAUUGGCUAACUUUUAACCUUUCAGAUUUCUGUAAUGUGGAUCCAUACUGGCAGGUCUCUGGAUGUGAUAAGCCAGCUGUGGUUCACGUGAACUCAGAUUCUCUCCAUUAGCACUGCUUGUAGCUGGCAUCUCUCUGGGUUGUGUGUACCCGUGUUUUGGAAAGAGGACAUAUUUAAAGGACAUGUGUCUUUUGUUUGUGUAGUGAAUUAUGGACUUGGGGGUUUGUCUUGGGUUGGUUUGUUGUUGCUGCUGCGGUUGUUUGUUUUGGUUUGGUUUUUUAUUGGUUGUUGGUUUUAAAUGGUGUUCUGCCUGUGUGAGGGUGUCAGAUACCCUGGAACUGGGACAGUUGUGAGCCACCAUGUGCGUGUUGGGAGUUGAUCCCAGGCCUCUGGAAAAGCAGCAGUGCUCCUAACUGCUGAGCCCUCUCCAGCCCCCAGUGCUCCUAACUGCUGAGCCCUCUCCAGCCCCGUGAGUUCCCCUGGUGCUGCUUGCUUUCCCUAUACUUGGCUAUGGGUUGUGCAAUCUUUGUUCCUCUCCUAACUCCAGCUCCUUUGGCUGACUUGAGGGUCUACAGGUUUCAUGCCUUGCUCAUUGUAAGAGCAUUUAGGACUUCACACUUCUUGCCAGACAGAUGCCUUCCAAGGCUUUGCCUCUCCGCUUUGGAGCACUAUGGGCCCAUUUAAAUGCUUGCAUUGUUAAGAUGGCCUUAGCUGUCUGUCCUUGGAGGUAACUCCCUGGGGCAGAUUCCUUUGUGAACUUGCUGACCUAUGAAUGCCUUUAGCAUUUGUAUGGUGCCAGAGGUUGGCAAAUUUGUACCUAGGGAAUUAGGGGUGUUGCUAAUAUCCAAGAUGAGGUCUUGGGUGGGUGUUCAUUGGUGGAACUCCCAGUUCUCUGAGGAGUUUUUCAAAUUUGGCUCUCCACGGUAAUCUCAAACGGUAAAAGUUUAGAUUAAAACCACUCACUAAUUGGCUUCGGAAUCCAGCAUCCACAUUACAUUUGUGUUUCUGUUUGGAUUUGUACCAAACGAAGCACAACUAAGUAGCCCGACUUUGAUUAAAAGUUACAGGAACUACAGGGCCUGGUAUCCAGGCCACCUCGAGUAAUUUAAUGUGACCCUGUCUCAAAAAGUAAAGUGUAGGUUGAGGUGUAGCUCACUGGACAAGCACUUGCCCAGGAAAUAUUCUGCCCUGACCCCUAGCUCUAACCAUAAAUACAUAAAUAAAUAGGUAAGACCCGUAAGUAAAUCUGCUGGGUUCAGUUUGAAAACUAUUGGCAUUAAGUAUUCUUUGAGAAAUGGUUGGAGUGGGGGAGCUAGAACAACAGCUCAGAGGUUAGGCGAACUUGCUGUUCUUGCGAAAGACCUGGGUUUGAUUCCCAGCAUGGACACAACAGCUCACAACCAUCCAACUCUAGUUCCAAAGGAGCCAAGACCCUCUUCUGGCUUCCAUGGGCUCCAGGCAUGCACAUAGUAUAUAUAUAUACACAUACAUAUGUGCAGACAAGCAUACACAUAAAAAUCUUUUUUUGUUUGUUUGUUUUUUGUUUAAUCACCCUCAUAGAAUUGGUGACUGAGCAAGAGGUACUGAGAAGGUCAGCAGUGGCCCAGCUGGAACAAAUUUUACUGAAAUAGCCAGUAAUAGCGCUCCUCUGUCAUCAUGGAAAUAAGGACAAUGUGAAUAAGCAGUAGACCUUGGGAAGCAAUAGCAGCAAGGUGGCUACAGACCUUCAGCCAAGGUUGCUCCAGUUAUCUGCCUUUGUUCCCGUUUCUUGUGAAUUCCAGGCCUGCCUGAACUCCUGACUUUCCUGCCUUCCUCAGCCUCUAAUUGCUGGGAUUGUGGGCAUGUUUUACCACCCCAGGAGUGAUGUGGUACUAAUGGAUACAACCUAAGGCGUUUUGCAUCCUAACCAAGCAUUCUCCCAGCUAAGCCACAUAUCCAGCCCCUGGUUGGCGUUUGUUUUGUUUACUUUGUGAGACAAUGUUUCCCAUCCAAGUACUGACCAGGCCUGACUGCUUAGCUCCCGAGAUGAGAUGAGACCAGGGCGUGUUCUGGAUGGUAUGGCCAUAGACUAAGACAGUGUCUCGUGUUACCCAGGCUAGGCUCAGAUUUCACCCCUGCUCCUCCUGCCUCCAUGUGCCCAUCCAUACUGAUGGCAAAAGUAGCAUUAAGGCAGAGCGUGAAGCUUUAAUCUCGGUACCCAGGAGGCAGAAGUAAGGGGAUUUCUAAGGGUUUGAGGCCAGCCUGGUCUACAGAGUGAGACCCUGUUUCAAAAACAAAACUGUAAAACUAGAAUUCCAAAUCUCUUGAAUUUGCCCACAAAUUAUUUGUAACAAUCUCUUAAACAAGUAAGCCUAGUUCAGUCAUUAGGGGUAGGUGCAUUCCCUCAACAGAAAGCUUUUCAACACUUUUAUGAUAACUGGCAAAGGAGCAGUGUAGAGGUAGUUGGCUCACCACUCUGGCUCCUGGCGGGUUGCACUUGAGCACCUGCCCAGGAGCUAUCUGGAUUUGGGCAUCACACAGGUGUAUGCUCGCGUGUGUGUGUCGCUCGAGUUUGUGCGUGCGCGAGUGCAUACACACACACACAAGUCAGUUGAUUUUUGACAUGCUGUGACUAGCCCAAAGGUUGGCCACUCCUAAAUCUUCCCCUGCUAGCACACACACCAGGGCCGUCCACAAUAGACUGUAGAUGCAAAAACCACAGGUCUCAUGAUAAAGGGAAAAGACAUCGUUUAUUCUGGAGCCAUUUUGUGUGGCCUGGAAACACAGAUUUAGAUUACCCCAAAUGAAAUGUUCCAAUGUGUAGGCAUUUUUAUGGUUUUUGUUUUAUAUUUCUGUUUGUUGAGACAGGGUUUCUCUGUGUAGCCCUGGCUGUCCUGCAACUUGCUCUGUAGACCAGGCUGGCCUUGAACUCAGAGAUCUGCCUCCCAAGGAAUGGUAAAGGCAUGUACCACUCCUGCCUAGCUCAAAUUUUAGUUUUAUAGAAGAAAGAAAGUCAUAAGACACAGCAAGUUUAAAAUACAUUGGCAGGUACCUCAGGCCGGUACAGCUAGAUAGGUGAGCUAUCCUGUAGGCCCAAGAUGGUGGGUGAACUUGUUUGGUUUUUCAAGAUGGGGUUUCUCUGUAUUGUCCAGGCUGUCCUGGAACUCACUCUGUAGACCAGGCUGGCCUUGAACUCAGAAAUCUGCCUGCCUCUGCCUCCCAAGUGCUAGUUGACCUUUUGAAUUGGCAAGUUAAUACACUGCACAAGGUUUUUAUCUACUUGUUCUGACAUGGAGGUAGGCAAGGAAUGGCUGUUGCAGAGGGCUAGCUAGAACUAGCUCAAGGUAAGGCAACUAGCUUUUGGGUCUGCAACAUCCCAGUCCGUCCACUGGUACUGACAUUCUAAUCAGCCAGCCAUCUCCGAAGACAGGCUCCUUUUGAGUCGGGAAGUGUCUGUCCUAUGGCUGAGGCUCCUGUGGGGAGCUUGCUUCAGCGAGCCUCUGGGACUGGAUCGGUAGGAGCAGGCAAAGGGACUCAUUACCCCCUCAGCCUGCGAGGCUUCUCAAUGACUGCAGAAAGGAAUCCUGGUAGCCUGCCUCAGCCUUAGAGACCUGGGGGAGCCAGUGGGGAGCUGCACACUCCUGCUGUCCCCUCACUGACCUCCAGACUCUCUCUGUAGUGACUGCUUUUGGUUGGCUGCCCAAAUCCUCUGGUCGCAAUACAGGAUCCUGGUUCUCAGAGCCAUAGUCAGAGCUGACCUGGUUCUUCCUAACAUCGCUGUGGGGAGUUGCAACUGGUUUCACUUAUAUCCUGAGUGGCAGUCUGCUUAAAGCUGUUUUAUCCUGCUUAAGUUUGUUAACCCCUAGUUGUCAGGUAUCUGCUUUCUUCUUCUGCUGUCUGCUUGCUCUAGUCUUGGAGAAGGGUAGGGAAGAGCCUCGUGGAGGACAGGAGAUGACUCACAGUAUCAGGAAUAAUCGGAUUGGUAAAAAUAAACACACACAAGACAAUACCUAACACCAUAACUCCACCCUGCACUCCUUAAUCUUUACCAGGCAGUAAACAAAGUUAUAGAACACAAGUUUGCAUAUUUUUUUUCCUCCUGCUCCCUCUUCCAACAAAACACGAAAGCUGAAAUAGAGAGAAAGGAAUCCGAUCCCCGUGAUUUGAAAAACAAACAGAUACCAACUCAUCAACUUCUACUCAUCUGAAGCUUCCCACUUCCGGAUAACCACAUUCUGGGCGUCCUCGUGUACACAGCGGAGGCUGGCAGCGCUGGCCGCUGUGUACAGCUGGCAGCGUUAGUUACAGGCUCAAGCCCAGAGCUCUGUUCUCAUCUGUCUUCAAGGGCCCAUGGUAUGCACUAAUAGCUUUAAAAUUCAUUUAAAAAAAGAUGUAUUUUUUUUUAUUAUUUUUAAAAUGUGAGUACACUGUCACUCUCUUCAUGCACACCAGAAGAGAGCAUUGGAUCCCAUUAUAGAUGGUUGUGAGCCACCAUGUGGUUGUUUGGAAUUGAACUCAGGACCUCUGGAAGAGCAGUUAAUGCUCUUAACCGCUGAACCAUCUCUCCAGCCCUUAAAAUCCUUUUUUUUUCUUUUCUUUCUUUCUUUUUGGUUUUACAGGGUUUCUCUGUGUAGCCCUGGCUGUCCUGGAACUCAUUCUUUAGACCAGGCUGGCCUGGAAUUCAGAAAUCCAUCCGCCUGCCUCUGCCUCCCAAGUGCUGGGAUUAAAGGCGUGCGCCACCACUGACCGGCUUAAAAUUAAUUUUUAAGUAGCUAAAUAAUAUUCCAUCCCUCAUCCCCAAACGGGAAAUCAAACCCAGGGCUUAGAGAAAACAACCCCACAAUCCACGAACUGUUUUGAAAGCUAGUUUGCAAAGAUAGGGCCGGCUCAGGGCAAGACUGAGCCGUGCACAUGCGUGGUCCUGCUUCGCUCUGUACCCUCCUCCCUCCCAGGACCUGUCCGUACCUUCCACUUCUCUCGAAGGGGAGACGGUUUCUCUGAUCUGCAACUUUACAGGCAGGGAGUGGAGUCCCAAGAACUCCCAGAAUCCAGAGGAAAUUUUCCGCAAAUCUUUCCUCUUCGGUAGGGACAGGGCAUGGACUGACUAAUUCUCUCUGACUUUUUUGAAAUGUCAGUUUUGACGUCACCCCUGCAGAAUGGCUUCUCUCGGCGGCCGGAACCAUCUACGCUUUUCCGCGGGGCGACUUGCCGCGCCGAGGGGCGCGCGUGGCCGAGGGGCUUGGAUUCCUUGCCUGGAGGAGCAUUACGUGACACAGCAAGGCUCCGCACAUCCUAGUCGCCUGCGGGGGACGCAACGCUGCUCGCUCCGGCUAGUCACUGGCGUUGCCUGCCCUCUGCCGGCCUGCGGAUGGUUCGGUCCGGCUGGGUCACGCGCUAAGGCUCAGUGCAAGGGCCUGCGGAACGGGCUAGCACUUGCCGAGGGGCAGAACAGUGGCGACAGCCCCAGGACAGUUGCGAGCGGGUUCCGGCCCAGCAUCCGGGAGACGGCGGCAAGCGCCCCAGCUGGGUUGGUGUUGGGCCAUAGGGCUGAAUGGAAAGCGCGGAUGGGUAACUCGUCCUCAUGCGUUGGAAGAAAUGGUUAGCCCUGGGAUUAGCCAGUGGAUCGCCGUUGAGGUCACAAGUGGCCCAUAACAGUAGGGGGCCAGGAGGACCUACUGCAAGUAUAGGACAACCUCAAGUCUUUGAAUUCGAAUAGUGCAGCUUGCUUACCUGACUCUUCCGGCGGGCCUCGUACAUGUUCUGCUCUAGGCGGGAUGGUGCAGUUGUGAUGUGCUAAGCAUAAGGCCUCGGCCAUUCUCCAGCACCAUGAACGCCAUAGUCGCCCUCUGCCACUUCUGCGAGCUCCAUGGCCCCCGCACGCUCUUCUGCACGGAAGUUCUACACGCUCCCCUGCCCCAGGGGGCCGGAAGUGGGGACAGUCCUGACCAGGUUGAGCAGGCUGAGGAGGAGGAGGGUGGCAUUCAGAUGAGCAGCCGGGUCCGUGCCCACAGCCCAGCCGAGGGUGCCAGCAGUGAGUCCAGCAGCCCGGGGCCCAAGAAGUCGGACAUGUGUGAGGGCUGCCGGUCACUUGCCGUAGGGCACCCAGGCUAUAUCAGUCAUGAUAAAGAGACCUCUAUUAAGUACGUCAGUCACCAGCACCCCAACCACCCGCAGCUCUUCAGCAUCGUCCGCCAGGCCUGUGUCCGGAGCCUGAGCUGUGAGGUAUGCCCUGGUCGUGAAGGCCCCAUCUUCUUUGGUGAUGAGCAGCACGGCUUUGUGUUCAGCCACACCUUCUUCAUCAAAGACAGCCUGGCCAGAGGCUUCCAGCGCUGGUACAGCAUCAUCGCCAUCAUGAUGGAUCGGAUCUACCUCAUCAACUCCUGGCCCUUCCUGCUGGGGAGGAUCCGCGGCAUCAUCAGUGAGCUCCAGGCCAAGGCCUUCAAGGUGUUUGAGGCAGAGCAGUUUGGAUGUCCACAGCGUGCCCAGAGGAUGAACACUGCCUUCACGCCCUUCCUGCACCAGAGGAACGGCAACGCUGCCCGCUCUCUGACCUCCUUGACCAGUGAUGACAACUUGUGGGCGUGUCUGCACACUUCCUUUGCCUGGCUCCUGAAGGCAUGCGGUAGCAGGCUGACAGAAAAGCUCUUAGAGGGCGCUCCCACAGAGGACACCCUGGUCCAGAUGGAGAAGCUUGCUGACUUGGAGGAAGAAUCAGAAAGUUGGGACAAUUCUGAGGCUGAGGAGGAGGAGAAAGCUCCUGUUACACCAGAGGGUGCUGAAGGGCGAGAGCUGACCAGUUGCCCAACAGAGUCAUCCUUUCUCUCAGCCUGUGGGAGCUGGCAGCCCCCAAAGCUUACCGGCUUCAAGUCUCUUCGACACAUGAGACAGGUCUUGGGUGCUCCAUCCUUCCGUAUGUUGGCUUGGCAUGUCCUCAUGGGGAAUCAGGUGAUCUGGAAAAGCAGAGAUGUGAACCUGGUCCAUUCAGCGUUUGAAGUCCUCCGGACCAUGCUGCCUGUGGGCUGUGUCCGCAUCAUCCCUUACAGCAGCCAGUAUGAGGAGGCCUAUCGCUGCAACUUCCUGGGGCUCAGCCCUCCCGUGCCUAUCCCUGCCCAUGUUCUGGCCUCAGAGUUCGUAGUUGUCGUGGAGGUCCACACGGCCACUCGCUCAAACCUCCACCCUGCUGGGUGCGAGGAUGACCAGUCCCUCAGCAAGUAUGAGUUUGUGGUGACCAGUGGUAGCCCUGUGGCUGCAGACAGAGUUGGGCCCACUAUCCUGAAUAAGAUUGAAGCAGCUCUGACCAACCAGAACCUGUCUGUGGAUGUGGUGGACCAAUGUCUCAUCUGCCUCAAGGAGGAAUGGAUGAACAAAGUGAAAGUCCUGUUUAAAUUCACCAAGGUAGACAGUCGCCCCAAGGAGGACACACAGAAGCUCCUAAGCGUCCUAGGCGCAUCAGAGGAGGACAACGUCAAACUGCUGAAGUUCUGGAUGACGGGACUGAGCAAAACCUACAAGUCCCAUCUCAUGUCCACCGUCCGAAGCCCCACAGCUACAGAGUCACGGAGCUGACUCCGAGAACUCCUUCUGGAAGGUGGUGUACAGACCAGCUCUGUGGGAAAAACUGCCCUUGGGUUUCUGACUUCUGGGGUGAGGCCCUGUUUAUGGCCUAGGGUUCACCCUCCUUGUAAGACUCUAUCAGCCCAUGUUGAAAUGUAGGGGACACAGAGACAGUGGUCCCUUUGCAUCAAACUGCGCUGUCAGGACCUGGCGAGAUGUGUUCUGUGCCCCGUGAGGACAAAGGCUGGGAACUGAGAGGAGUCCAUCAGUCUGCCUCUGAGGUUUUGUUGUUGGAGCGUGUCCUCAUGGGGUUAGGACAACGCCUUCCCACCAUGGAAGACAGCAAGCAUCGUGGAUCAUUUGUCUUUCGGUUGGUGACUUCUCAGGUCACGUGCACAGCCGUGGCCUCUGCACAUCUUGCCGGCCUGUGGAUACAUCAAAACCAUGGCUGUUUUGUUUGCUUUUGUUUUUUUUUAAUUUUGGUUUUUGAGUCAGGGUCUUAUUCUGUAUCCUAUCCCAGUUUAGAACUCAUGGUGUGGCCUCUGCUACUUCCAGACUUGUAGCAAUCCUCCUGCCUCAGCCUCCCAAGUGCUGGGAUUACCGAACUGAGCCAUCAGAACAUUACAUUGCUUUCUUCUCUGUUGCUGCCGUAGCGCUAACCAGCCACUGUAGACUAUGACGGUGUUACGACAGAUCGCCUCUCACCAUUGCAGUUUAAUAAGGACGUAGCUUGGAAAGAUUUCCUGAAAGCUUUCCCAAUUUGUUUUUAUAAUAUUCUUGGUGUUUGUUUAUAUUUAACAUGAAGACUGUGUAUCUCAGUCUCUGUACAGUUGCAAGAAUGUUGAAACACAAUAAAUCUGUAUUUUUGUAAA